AUGCCGGCGCAUGCGGUUGGCAUCCUGUUGGGCCAGAGUGUGCGGAGAUCCACGACCUCCGUGGUCCACCAUGGGCACUACGGUCACUAUGAGAAGGGCCCAGGCAAGACCUUGCCAUUUUCAGUGGAAAGCACGUGGCGGUUACUGACCAUGAUGGCUGUUUACGUUGGACCUGGAUUUGCAGCACCUUUCUUUAUAAGACACCAAUUGCUUAAGAAAUAA